CUCAGGCGGGACCUGCGCUCUUGCCCGCUCGCCGCCACCGGUGUCUGGUGGUCCCACACGAGCUCGCCGCGCCGCUCCCCGGCCCCGACAGCCAUGAGGGGCGUGCACUCCCUGGUCCUUUUCUUCCUGGUUGCCUUUUUCGGCAGAGGGGACUGCAGCAUGGCCAACGCGGAGGAGAAGCUCAUGGAUGACCUUCUGAACAAAACCCGCUACAACAACCUGAUCCGGCCGGCCACCAGCUCCUCGCAGCUCAUCUCCAUCCAGCUGCAGCUGUCGCUGGCCCAGCUCAUCAGCGUGAAUGAGCGAGAACAGAUCAUGACCACCAAUGUCUGGCUGAAACAGGAGUGGACUGACCACCGCCUGGCCUGGAACAGCUCCUGCUAUGAGGGCGUGGACAUCCUGAGGAUCCCUUCGAAGCGAGUCUGGCUGCCUGACAUCGUGCUUUACAACAACGCCGACGGGACCUACGAGGUGUCUCUCUACACCAACGUGGUGGUGCGCGCCAAUGGCAGCAUUUUGUGGCUGCCCCCCGCCAUCUACAAGAGCGCCUGCAAGAUCCAGGUGAAGCACUUCCCCUUCGACCAGCAGAACUGCUCCCUCAAGUUCCGCUCCUGGACCUAUGACCACACGGAGAUGGACAUGGUCCUCAAGACGCCCACGGCCAGCGUGGAUGACUUCACCCCCAGCGGCGAGUGGGACAUCCUGGCCCUCCCGGGCCGGAGGACCGUGGACCCGCAGGACCCCAGCUACGUGGACGUGACGUACGACUUCAUCAUCAAGCGCAAGCCGCUCUUCUACACCAUCAACCUCAUCGUCCCCUGCCUGCUCAUCACGUCGCUGGCCAUCCUGGUCUUCUACCUGCCGUCCGACUGCGGCGAGAAGAUGACGCUCUGCAUCUCCGUGCUGCUGGCGCUCACCGUCUUCCUGCUGCUCAUCUCCAAGAUCGUGCCGCCCACGUCCCUGGACGUGCCGCUCAUCGGCAAGUACCUCAUGUUCACCAUGGUGCUGGUCACCUUCUCCAUCGUCACCAGCGUGUGCGUGCUCAACGUGCAUCACCGCUCGCCCAGCACGCACACCAUGGCACCCUGGGUCAGGCGCUGCUUCCUGCGGCAGCUGCCCACCUUCCUCUUCAUGAAGCGCCCCGACAGCUGCUCCGCCAGGACCCCGUCUGAGGCCUCGGCCACACACCCUGCCAGCUCCUCCAACCUCUACGGGGGCUCGGCCUACUUUGUGAGUCCCUCCUCUGCGGCUCCCAAGUCUCCCGCCGGCAGGGUCCCCAGGGAUGGCCGGCUUCCGUCUUCUGGGAGGUUCCAGCAGGACGUGCACGAGGCUUUGGAGGGCGUCUGCUUCAUCGCGCAGCAUAUGAAGAGUGACGAUCAGGACCAGAGCGUCGUGGAGGACUGGAAGUACGUGGCCAUGGUGAUCGACCGGCUGUUCCUGUGGGUGUUCGUGGUUGUGUGUGUGCUGGGCACUGUGGGGCUCUUCCUGCCCCCCUUCUUCCAGAACCACACGCCCUCCGAGGGGUCCUAGGCUGCCCCGCCUGUGCCAGGACUCCGGUUGUGGGGUGAGGUGAUGUGGACAGUUUGCUGUUUCCUUCUGGGUCCCAGCUUCUGAGGCCCUAAAUGAAAUAUGAGACCAUCGGCCAUCAACCCAUCAAACAGCCACAGCGUGGGAGGGGCAAGGAUUGGGGGCCUGCACUGUCCCCUCUGAAGGCCUCGGGAAGCCAAGAAACCCCGACAGGGGGGGGCUUUGGACAGUUUAGUUCUGGCCAGUCGUUCUCCCUGCACCGGGAUAAAGACAAGCUUAACAGCAGCACCUACUAUGUGCAGGCCAUGUUACCUCGCACCGUCUCCCCCCACUGCCCCGUGUGUCCCUCACGCACUUGAGGACCCUUCCCAGCAGACAACUGUGUGUCUGCAGUAACUUCUACCCAAACCUGCCUCCCCCAGUACCUCCCAGGCUCUUCCCGUGGCUGCAUCACCAGGGCUCCACUGCAACCCACCAGUGUCCCCACGCCACUUCUCAGAGGUCUCCCCAGUCACCCGUUGCAAAGCAUCCUCGCCACGGCCACGGCCACGGCCCCGCCACCUCUCUCGAGCUCCUCAGUAGCUGAGGUUCUCACUUGCUGGCAUGUUUAUGGUCCACACUCACCCACUAGAAUGUGAGCUCCGUGAGGGCAGGGACCUGGUCCUUCCUGUUCACUGCACCAUCCCCAGGGCCCAGCACAGAGCCCGGCACACAGCAGGUGCUCAAUAUAUGUUUGCUGAAUGAAUGAAUGGCUCCAAUUCCUCCUUCAAGCUCGUGUGCCCCUCCUCUGAGCCAGCCCUGGCUCCCCACAUGACAGCAAAGGCACCCCCUCCAUGUGCCACAGCCAGCUCCCACCCUGCUUUAAAUCACAGCAGCCCACGUGUGUCUCCCUCAGAUGCUCUGGUUGGCCCCCCACAGUGCCCGGCGCCUACUAGGCACUCAGCAUAUUUGUGGAACGGAGUAGUACUUUUAAAAAAUUAUACAAUUUGAUACAAAAAUUUGCCUUUCUGCCAGGAGAAUG